ACAAGAACACAUUAAAAUCAAAUAUUGAUAAUAAACAAAAUUUUCCAUUGAAUAUAGAACGAUAUUCAAUCAUAUUAGCCAGAAACAUACAUCAUCGUCACAAACGUUGAAAGACAAAUUAAUUUUAUCAUUAUUAGUUUUGAAAAUGUCGAUUGAACUUAACAUCGAUGAUUUACGGCCACCGGCCAUUGUUAAAAAUCCUGAAGAACGAAUGAAAUUUUUAGUAGAAAAAUCCAAAAAUUUUGUCGUCGAACAUUCAAUUCCAAUUCGUUUAUAUAUUUCGUCCGGUCGUCAAUUAUUACAAAUGGCCAAUACUUAUCUUGAUGAAAUGAAUAUGGAACAAGCAUUCGUUUUAUACAUGCGAUAUAUAACACUUUUUUUUGAAAAUUUACCUUCACAUCCACAAUAUGAUGAAAUCAAUGAAGAGGAUAAACGAUCCAUUCGAUCUAAACUUAAACCAUUGUUCGGAAUUGCCGAAGUGAUUAAAAUUCGAAUACAAAAUAAAUAUAAAGAAGAAUAUGAAAAUUAUCUCACCCAAAAGAAAAUUUAUGAUGAAAAAUUGACCAAAGCUCAAAAAGCAUUGAUCGAACAGCGACAAAAAGAUCAACAAAAUCUUGAGGAUAAAAAAAGACAAGAUUAUGUUACCGAUUUACAAUCACAGAUUGAUAAGAAAAAACGUGAACUUGCCGAUAAAAAGAAUGAAAAUUUCGAAGAUAAGAAUGAGGUCAUCAGUGAUGAUGAAGAUUCUUCGUCAAUUUCGACAGAUCAGCCAAUAAAGACUCAAUCCCAUCAUAAACCGGUGAUUGAUCGUUCAACAAAACCAUCGAUGUCAUUGUUAGAUGAUGUCGAUCUUGAUACAUUACGUUCGAUGAUUGUACCAUUUCAAGUGCUUACUAAAAAAUUCGUCAAAAUUGCUCAGCAAAAUACAGAUCGUAAUAUUGAAACCUGUGGAAUAUUAUGUGGCCAAUUAAAAAAUGAUAAUUUUACCAUAACACAUAUAUUAAUACCAAAACAAACUGGAACAUCAGAUUCAUGUACAUCUAUUAAUGAAGAAGAAUUAUUAAUCGAACAAGAACGACAUAAUCUAAUAACAAUGGGAUGGAUACAUACACAUCCAACACAACGUAGUUUCUUAUCAUCAAUCGAUCUUCAUACACAUGCAUUAUAUCAGAAAAUGUUACCGGAAGCAAUCGCUAUCGUUGUUGCACCUACAACAUCAGAGAUUCAAAUGUAUUCACUCACCGAACAUGGCCUAGAAUUUAUAUUAAAAUGUCGUGAAAAAGGAUUCCAUCCACAUACAAAUGAACAAAGUCUUUAUCAUUCUGCUAAUCAUACGAUUAUUAAUGAUAAAUUGUGUGUUGAUAUUAUCGAUUUACGUUAGGAAUAUUUUUUUUUUUUUUUUUGAAUUUCAAUCUAUAGUAUUAUGGAAUCACCACCAAUAUUGUCAUUACUAAAAAAUAAAAGUUUAUUCAAAACUGUU